GAGGUUGAGAGUGCAAGAUUAUUCUGCGCCUGCGCGGCCCGGGUAACUUCCCUGGCUGCUCCUAGGCGCCCGGCUCGCCGCCAUCUUGUAUUGGGGCUUCAUUGUUCCCGCUGGGCCGGGCGGUUUAGUGUAAUUGCCGCCGGAGAAGGAGGCGGAGUAACCUUUGGUCAGCCGAGAAACCCCGCUAUCCCGUAGCCAUAACCGCUCAAACGAUUUGGGAGGUAGUGAAGGGCAGGGAGUUGGACCCGGAGGCGGCGCCGCGACAGCAGCAGCCAUGGAGGACGAGAUGCCCAAGACUCUAUACGUCGGUAACCUUUCCAGAGAUGUGACAGAAGCUUUAAUUCUGCAACUCUUUAGCCAGAUUGGACCUUGUAAAAACUGCAAAAUGAUUAUGGAUACAGCUGGAAAUGAUCCCUAUUGUUUUGUGGAGUUUCAUGAGCAUCGUCAUGCAGCCGCAGCAUUAGCUGCUAUGAAUGGACGGAAGAUAAUGGGUAAGGAAGUCAAAGUGAAUUGGGCAACAACCCCCAGCAGUCAAAAGAAAGAUACAAGCAGUAGUACCGUUGUCAGCACACAGCGUUCACAAGUCUUAGUUCACUUGCACAUGGAUUCACAUAAACUGAAUGGUGUAAUGUCUGGGCAACCAAAACUGUUGGCUUUUGAGAAAACUGUCAAAUACUUUAACAUCAAACUGUUGCAAUGCAAGAUCAUUUCCAUGUCUUUGUUGGUGAUCUCAGUCCAGAAAUUACAACUGAAGAUAUAAAAGCUGCUUUUGCACCAUUUGGAAGAAUAUCAGAUGCCCGAGUGGUAAAAGACAUGGCAACAGGAAAGUCUAAGGGAUAUGGCUUUGUCUCGUUUUUCAACAAAUGGGAUGCUGAAAACGCCAUUCAACAGAUGGGUGGCCAGUGGCUUGGUGGAAGACAAAUCAGAACUAACUGGGCAACCCGAAAGCCUCCCGCUCCAAAGAGUACAUAUGAGUCAAAUACCAAACAGCUAUCAUAUGAUGAGGUUGUAAAUCAGUCUAGUCCAAGCAACUGUACUGUAUACUGUGGAGGUGUUACUUCUGGGCUAACAGAACAACUAAUGCGUCAGACUUUUUCACCAUUUGGACAAAUAAUGGAAAUUCGAGUCUUUCCAGAUAAAGGAUAUUCGUUUGUUCGGUUCAAUUCCCAUGAAAGUGCAGCACAUGCAAUUGUUUCUGUUAAUGGUACUACCAUUGAAGGUCAUGUUGUGAAAUGCUAUUGGGGCAAAGAAACUCUUGAUAUGAUAAAUCCCGUGCAACAGCAGAAUCAAAUUGGAUAUCCACAACCUUAUGGCCAGUGGGGCCAGUGGUAUGGAAAUGCACAACAAAUUGGCCAGUAUAUGCCUAAUGGUUGGCAAGUUCCUGCAUAUGGAAUGUAUGGCCAGGCAUGGAACCAGCAAGGAUUUAAUCAGACACAGUCUUCUGCACCAUGGAUGGGACCAAAUUAUGGAGUGCAACCGCCUCAAGGGCAAAAUGGCAGCAUGUUGCCCAGUCAGCCUUCUGGGUAUCGAGUGGCAGGGUAUGAAACCCAGUGAAAAAGGACUCCAGAAUCUAAAGUCAGUGGCUUGAGGCUACAGGGAGUGUAGUAAAGCCGUUGUUUACUUAAAGAUUUAUCAAAUCAGUCAGUGCAAAUGUCAGAUACAAUGUAUUUAUUUAAAAGAUUCAUUUUUAAUCAUAAAAUUACUUAUCCACAUUGUUUUAAAAAGAAACAAGAUGCUGGAUGCCUGCCAAUUUUUGCCUUCAUUACCUUUUUUGAUAAAGUUUCUCAGAUCCUUGUUUCAAACACAAAUGCAGGGAUUGCUGCCACUUUUUAACUAUUAAGAGGCAGAAAAUUGCACAAUAUUGAACAUUUUUCCACUAAAGUAGUGUGCAGUUAUAGUUUGCAUUCCUGAUAUGAUUUAAAACGUAAUAUAAAGAUGUUAAAAAAAAAAAAAAAAACUGUGCAGAGUCUAGAAGUUCUCUGUCAUCUUCAGCUUGUGCACAAUUCUGUUUUAGGUUAAAAAAAAAAGGUAUUAUUUGAGCUGUCCCAUCUCCACUGUUACCCUUUGGGGUUUUUUAAUAUAAAUUAUUAGUUUAUGUCAUUUUUGUAUCUACAUCUUUUUUCACAAAUUUGUCUUGCCUUAUUAAAGUUCUGUAAAAUAUACUUAAAUGGAAAAAAUGAUGUUCAUUUAGAUUGAAAACUUUUCUCAGAUGGAUUGAUAAUUGCAUUCAUCUUGUGUUUUAUAUGAGAAGGUGCCUCAAGAAUUCCCUGUUGGAUUUGUUUAAAAGAAUUUUUAUCUUCUGUAAUAAACUUUGCUGUGUACCAGGAACUAUAAAAACAAAAACUUGUUACUAAAGAAAAUAUCUGAAAUGUGAUAAGUUCUUAUGCCAUGUUAAUUUCAUGUGUCAACUUCAACAUUUACAUGUAUUAUUUCAUUAUGUAAAAUGUUUUAGCAGUUUAAUAUUUUGCACAGUUAGCAAACUUUGUAUGUCAUUUCCUUCAAGGUAUCAUGCAGAGUUUACAUGAAAUUUAUAAGGUUUUAAGUUGUUUGCAUGUGAAAAUCAAAUACAUACUUUGGUAGUCUUUGAAUACAAAGUCAUCUGCUCUUGUUUUUCAAGAAUUUUGAGACACAAAGUUGUAUGUAAAGGAAUAUAUUAAUUUGCCGUUUUAUAGGUAGAUUUGCUCAAAAAGAGUGAAUCAACUUAACAUGUACAAAUGAUAGCUGUGAAACUGUAGAAUAUCUAUGUGUCAGGUGUGGAGUUCAUUGUGACCUCCAAAUUUUGCCUGAAGGACCAGCUGGGCAAAGCAUUUUUUAAAUGUUCAGAGGCCAAAAGAUAAACAAAAAAAAAAAACUUAAAAUCCUACCUCUUUAAACAGCCUUCAAAUAA